CUUGCAGAAUUUUUUUUCUCCAAAAAACACCCAUCCAUACCCUGCUGACUGCAAUAACCUUCCUCUUCUACAGUUGCUUCAUUGGUCAUCAACUUAAAUAUUUUCAACUUGUUGGGGCAUUCAGACCUACUUGUCUAUUGAAGAAAAACAAGACCUGAACAUCCCUGCCAGGAGUUGCUAGUUUUCAUAAAAACAUUCCAAUAAAAGACAAUCAUAUUGUGGCAAGGAUAGAGAAACAGAGAAAUGAGUGCAGGUGGUGCAUUUGGUGGGAACAGGGGAUUAAGACCAGUACCCCCAGAAAAAGGCAUUUUUCCUUUGGAUCAUAUGCAUGAAUGUGACUUGGAGAAGAAAGAGUAUGUUACUUGUCUCAAAUCCUCUGGCUAUCAAUCCGAAAGAUGUAGACACUUUUCAAAAAAGUACCUGGAAUGUCGAAUGGAAAGGAACUUAAUGGCAAAGCAAGAUAUGUCUGAGCUUGGAUUCGGCAAAGACGCUGAUGAGGAAGCUUCUGAACAGAGGAAUGAAAAAGUUGGUGCUAGGGACAGUGCCUUGCCUGGUGUUCAGGGUAAAAGUGUAGUUACUACUUGAGGCCGAAGGAAUCAGUCUACGGGACCUGAGUUCUGGAUUUUUGCCUUUUAAUAAUAUAUAGAAAGAG